AUGCGAACACUUUCAUAUGCUAAUGUAAGAUACAAUUUUAAAAGUAUAGGUCCAAUUAUUGCCUUUUCAUGUCGAACAGCAGCUGGUACAACAAUUAAUCUUAUUUCAUCAAUUGUUCGAGAUAAUAUAGAUAUUGCUUUUGAUUUUGUUCGUCCAGCUGUUCAUCAUUCAUCAACUGAUCAAGUUGGAACAUUUUGUGGUUUAAAUUGUGUAUCAAUAGGUGCUCUAUAUGCUAUUAGAAUUCUUAAGCUAGAUCGAGUUCUUAUUCUCGAUUGGGAUGUACAUAGAAGUGGAGGAACUGAACAAAUUUUAGGAGAAAUCUCAAAUGAAGAUCAAGAAAAAUAUCGUCUCAUUGAUAUUUAUGCUGCAUUUGGAAAAGUUCAAAUUCGACUUGUCCGCCUUCAAAUUGUCAUCUAA